AUGGUGCUGGUGGACCGUCAUCAUUCUAGUGAUAUUGGGUGCUGCAAUUCAGAAGAAUGUGUCGAUGAUGACGAGGACGAGCUCAUUGGUCCUCGUGGUACAGCGAAUGAUGGCGACUCGGCUGAAGAAGGAACGGACAAUGAUCCAGACGCAGGUCGGAAGAAUAAGACGAAGAUUAAGAGAUGCAGCGGCCUCCGCAAGAGUCUUCCUGGUGCGCCUGUAUAUCGUACAAGCUUAGGUUUAUUAGAGCUGGAUAUCCCCGGCGGCGCUGUUUUAGGACAGCAAGCUUUUGUUGUCUUGCCACGCAAUGCGGCGAUGUGGGAUGAGCAAGCUCAAUUUGGGAACCCCAACCAAAUGCGAGAGUUCCAUGGUGACAAAGAUGAAGACGAGGACGAGGAAGAUUAUGACUAA